GUUUGUGUUUUGAGAAUUGGCUUACAAUAAAUACAGUUAAGAACGUGAUAUGACUGAAUGCCAUGGUUAUGUUACCAACAAUAUAAAUGUCGUACAAUAUAAAAUUUAAAUGUAUCCUACUCCACCUUGCCCAGUAUUCGUGAAAAGCUACACAAUGCUAAAUAUAGUUGAAUUCGAUUUUGAGUUAGCUAAGGGGAUGAAAGGUCUCUUGAAAUUUCAACAAACCAAGUUGUCAAGUGAUUUAGGCUACUAUUUUAGCGAACCCACAGCCAUUUUUGACCCUUCAUGGGACCCGUAAGAGUACAAAGAUUGUUAUGCUUGGCUUUAAGUAUCGCUCCAAAUCAUUCAUUGUAUGACCAACAUUGACUGUCGGUGGUCUGCACAUGCUAGAUGGCGAGUGUCCAGAGUUCGACGGAGCGGUACUAUGUAGGAGUAGACGUUGGCACAGCCAGCGUUCGUGCGGCACUUGUCACGUGUGAUGGGCAGGUAAAAGACAUGGCCGAAGAACCGAUCCACAUCUGGGAGCCUCAUCCUGACCAUUACGUCCAAUCCUCAUCUGAUAUCUGGACCAAGUGCUGCAGCACAGUUAGAAAAGUGACCCAGGGCAUUGAAAAUAUCAAAGUCAAAGGCAUUGGCUUUGAUGCUACUUGUUCCCUGGUGGUUUUGGACCACAGAUUUAAACCAGUCGCCGUUAACUGUGACGGGGUGUGUGAAAGGAACGUGGUGAUGUGGAUGGACCACAGGGCUGCGGAGCAAGCGGCUCGGAUCACUGACACCGGCCACAGGGUCCUGAGGGGAGUGGGUGGCGUGAUGUCCCCAGAAAUGCAGCCCCCAAAGCUACUGUGGCUGAAAGAGAACCUUAAAGAGAGUUGCUGGAAGGAAGCGGCCCACUUCUUUGAUCUCCCAGAUUUUCUGUCUUGGAAAGCUACUGGAUCAUUAGCCAGAUCCCUUUGCACUUUAGUUUGUAAGUGGACCUAUUCUCCCCCGGAAGGAUGGGACAACACAUUUUGGACCAGUAUUGGACUCGAGGACCUUUUGGAAAACAACUACUCCAAAAUAGGCGCCCUCACCUGCAACCCUGGGACUGCAGUGGGCAAAGGGCUUACCCAGGAAGCAGCUGCGGAGAUGGGGCUCCUCCCUGGCACAGCCGUGGCUGCCAGCCUCAUAGACGCCCAUGCUGGAGGGUUGGGUGUCAUCGGGGCUGACGUGACCGGGUUUCACCUGCCGUGUGAACACCAACCUCUGACCUCACGCUUGGCCAUGAUUUGUGGUACAUCAUCUUGUCACAUGGCGAUAAGCCAGGAUCCCAUAUUUGUUCCAGGUGUUUGGGGACCUUACCGGUCUGCUAUGGUCCCAGCGCUGUGGUUGAAUGAAGGCGGCCAGAGUGCCACUGGAAGACUGAUUGACCACAUGGUGAGGGGUCACGCUGCCUUUCCAGAGUUAAAGGAGAAAGCAGAGAGAAGUGAAGAGAGCGUUUACUCCUACCUCAACAAACAUCUGGAGGCCAUGGCCAAAGACCCAGCUAACCUGGACCAGUUAACCACCAGUCUGCAUGUGUGGCCUGACUUCCAUGGCAACCGGUCCCCUCUUGCCGACCCCACUCUGAAAGGCAUGGUGAGGGAAGAGAGGAUCUGCCUCACACUUCUAGUUGUUGGACUCUCCUUGUCCCAGACCCUGGAUGACCUGGCCCUGUUAUACCUGGCAACUGUUCAGGCUAUUGCUCUUGGCACCCGGCACAUUCUAGAGGCCAUGAAGGAAGCAGGACAUUGCAUCACAACCCUCUUCCUGUGUGGGGGGCUGAGUAAGAAUGCCCUUUUUGUGCAGAUGCACGCUAACGCUACAGGUUUGCCAGUGGUCCUGCCUGCUGAGAAAGAGGCUGUUUUGGUGGGAGCCGCCAUCUUAGGAGCCUGCGCCUCAUUUGAUUACAGGUCCAUCCCGGAAGCCAUGGAGAAAAUGGCAAAAGUCGGAAGAGUUGUAAAACCAAAUCUUGAGCAAGACAAUUUCUACAGGAGGAAAUUCCGUGUGUUUCUGCGGCUGUUUGCCCACCAGAGGGAGUGUGUUCUUCUCAUGCAAGAGUGACCAAGAGAGAGCAGUGGGCAGGCUUCCCCACACAACCAGAAGUGGCACAGCUGACAUUUCUAUACCAGGGCACAGUUCUCCAAUGAAACUCACACUGUAAAAAUCUUUCAGCUGGGCAACUCAAAACUAUGGAAUUGUGGUUUUAUAAGGGACAGCAACCAAGAUUAAUUUGCUACUAAAUGCGAUUUUAUCAUAAUAAAUUAUUUUAGUGAA